ACCCGGAAGGUCCGGCAACUGGCUACCCUCCUCGCUUGGAGCACCGCGGGACCACCAUAUUCCGACCUUCCUCCUGUCCGGGAGGCUGCGGCCAGGAUGGGCCGGAAGGUGACCGUGGCCACCUGCGCGCUCAACCAGUGGGCCCUGGACUUCGAAGGCAAUUUGCAAAGGAUUUUAAAGAGUAUUGAAAUUGCCAAAAGCAGAGGAGCAAGGUACAGGCUUGGACCAGAGCUGGAAAUAUGUGGCUACGGAUGUUGGGAUCAUUAUUACGAGUCGGACACCCUGUUGCAUUCAUUUCAAGUCCUGGCUGCUCUUCUGGACUCUCCCGUCACUCAGGACAUCAUCUGCGACGUGGGGAUGCCUGUGAUGCACCGAAAUGUCCGCUACAACUGCAGAGUGAUAUUUCUCAACAGGAGGAUCCUGCUCAUCAGACCCAAGAUGGCCUUGGCCAACGAAGCCAACUACCGCGAGCUGCGCUGGUUUACCCCGUGGUGCAGGAGUCGGCAAAUAGAGGAGUAUUUCCUCCCUCGGAUGAUACAGGACCUGACAAAGCAGGAAACGGUGCCCUUCGGAGAUGCUGUGCUGGCCACCGAGGACACCUGCAUCGGGAGUGAGAUCUGCGAGGAGCUCUGGACGCCCCGCAGCCCACACGUCGACAUGGGCCUGGAUGGCGUGGAGAUCAUGACCAACGCCUCGGGCAGUCACCACGUGCUGCGCAAAGCCCACGCCAGGGUGGAUCUGGUGACCAUGGCCACCACCAAGAACGGUGGGAUUUACUUGCUGGCCAACCAGAAGGGCUGUGACGGGGACCGGCUCUACUACGACGGCUGCGCCAUGAUAGCGAUGAAUGGGAGCAUUUUUGCUCAGGGAUCCCAGUUUUCUCUGGACGACGUGGAAGUCUUGACAGCCACAUUGGAUUUGGAGGACGUCAGGAGCUACAGGGCAGAGAUUUCAUCUCGAAACCUGGCGGCCACCAGGGUGAGCCCCUAUCCCCGAGUGAAGGUGGACUUUGCCCUCUCGUGCCACGAGGACCUGCUGGAGCCAGUCUCUGAGCCCGUCGCAUGGAAGUACCACAGUCCCGAGGAGGAGAUAAGCCUGGGACCCGCCUGCUGGCUCUGGGAUUUUUUAAGACGAAGCCAACAGGCGGGGUUUUUCCUGCCCCUGAGUGGCGGGGUGGACAGCGCGGCCACCGCCUGCAUCGUCUACUCCAUGUGCCGCCAGGUCUGCCAGGCUGUGAAGAGUGGAAAUCAGGAAGUGCUGGCUGAUGUCCAGACCAUUGUGAACGAGAUCAGCUACACCCCUGAGGACCCCCGAGACCUCUGUGGACGCAUACUGACAACCUGCUACAUGGCCAGCGAGAACUCCUCCCAGGAGACACGCAACAGGGCCAGAGAGUUGGCCCAGCAGAUUGGAAGCCACCACAUCGGCCUCAACAUCGACCCAGCCGUGAAGGCUGUCGUGGGCAUCUUCAGCCUGGUGACGGGGAAGAGCCCCCUGUUUGCGGCUCAUGGAGGAAGCAGCAGGGAGAACCUGGCGUUGCAGAAUGUGCAGGCCCGGAUAAGGAUGGUCCUCGCCUACCUGUUUGCUCAGCUGAGCCUCUGGUCUCGGGGCAUCCGCGGUGGGCUCCUCGUGCUGGGAUCCGCCAACGUGGAUGAGAGUCUCCUCGGCUACCUGACCAAGUAUGACUGCUCCAGUGCGGACAUCAACCCCAUAGGCGGAAUCAGCAAGACGGACCUCAGAGCCUUUGUCCAGCUGUGCAUUGAGCGCUUCCAGCUUCCCGCCCUCCAGGGCAUCCUGUCAGCACCGGCCACCGCAGAGCUGGAGCCCCUAGAUGACGGACAGGUGUCCCAGACUGACGAGGAGGAUAUGGGGAUGACGUACGAGGAGCUCUCAGUGUACGGGAGACUCCGGAAGGUCGCCAAGGCGGGUCCCUACAGCAUGUUCUGCAAACUCCUCACCCUGUGGAGAAACGUCUGCUCCCCACGACAGGUGGCUGACAAAGUAAAGCGAUUUUUCUCGAAGUAUGCCAUGAACAGACACAAGAUGACCACGCUCACGCCCGCCUACCACGCCGAGAACUAUAGCCCCGACGACAACAGGUUCGACCUGCGACCGUUUCUGUACAACACUGGCUGGCCGUGGCAGUUUCGGUGCAUAGAAAACCAGGUUCUCCAGCUGGAGGCGGCAGAGCAGCAGCGCCUGGCGGUGGACUGAGGGUCAGUCCUGCCCGGAGGCCUCCUCUCCUCGAGGACCCCAGUGUCACGUUGUCGGUGUCGCUUGCAGCCACAGCGAGGACCUCUGCCAAUGCCAUCCAGAGCGGCACAUCCAGCAAGUUUUGUUUUCCACUUUGAGGGAGAGGGAUCUUUUCAUUCUAUGGAUAAUUCCUUAGGAAGA